ACGCAGAAGGUGGAUGAAUAAGUGGAUGCUGGCUAAUCUAUUGGUUAUCUUUCGUCAUCUAGGACUCAUAUAAGAUGCCAAUUCACCUUCGAUUCACCCAUCAAACAUGUCGUCCUUGGUUGCUCUCAUCCUUGGUGCAGGUCCCAACGUUGGCCACCACGUCGCCAAAGCCCUGCAGUCCCAGAAAUACAAAGUCGCCUUGGGCUCUCGCAAUCCAGACGUCGAUAAGCUCAAGAAGGAUGGCUUCUUUCCCGUAAAAGUCGACAUCACUCUGCCGGAUAGCGUCUCUGCAGCAUACAAGACAGUCUCUACCGAUCUCGGUACUCCCAAUGUGGUGGUAUUCAACGCUGCUGUCUGGCGCCGUCCAGAGAUCGAAACAGAUCCUCUCUCCUUGCCUUUGGAAGACUUCAAACGCACCCUCACUGUAUCCACCAGUGUAUACAGUGCUGCUCAGGAUGUGCUGAAAGGAUUCCGGUCCCUCACAUCUGGCCCAAAGGCCUUCAUCGUAACUGGCAACGCUCUUCCUUUCCUCCCUCACGAUUACCUAGCCUUGUAUGAUCUCCAAACACUGAAAGUGGUGGAGGCUCAUCUCUCCGAGGUGUUCUGGAAUGCAUAUAUCAAGGAGGGGAUAAGGUUCCAUUACGCCCUCUUGGUUUCGCAGGAGGGAACUCUCCCGGCUUAUAACGACUUCAAGACAAGCGGGCCUGCCCAUGCUACUGCAUACUGGGAGCUCAUUAGUAGCGAGAAGCCUAAAGGCUGGGACUACAAAUUCACACUCGAUGGGAAGAAAUGGAACAAAACAAACUGAGAUUUUGGCAACAUGUUGUAACUGUAAAUGUAUAUUAUAGAUCUUUCUGUCAACUCUUCAACGCUGUCUAACAGUAACAAUCAUGGGGUUUCGUCUGAUGCUCCCGACUACCACCAUCGCCACCAUGUCUACUUCGUUUCAGAAUCUAUCUCUCCCCAAGACCUCUGGACUUCACUGCCUCCCGAAAUACAGAUUGGAUUGACUAGUUGCGCAGGACCUGCCCCGUUUCCACUCACAAGCAAUACAAGACUUUUACGCUUCUGGAUACGGGCCUAUCGAAAAACUGCAGCAGCCCUAAAUGA